AUGCAGCGGGUGGCCGGGAUGCGGGCACUGCCUGCCAACGCCAUCUUAAGUCAGUUCCAGCCUGCAGCUGGGGGCUACUUCGUGCCAGCAGUUCCACAGUCUCAGGGAAGACCUCCAUAUUACACACCUAACCAGUUAGCACAGAUGAGGCCUAAUCCACGCUGGCAGCAAGGUGGGAGACCUCAAGGCUUCCAAGGAAUGCCAAGUGCUAUACGCCAGUCUGGGCCUCGUCCAGCUCUUCGCCAUCUGGCUCCAACUGGUGUUGCCACAGCUGUGCAGACCUUAGCGCCUCGGGCGGCUGUUGCUGCCGCUGCUCCUCGGGCUGGCGCACCUUACAAAUACACCUCCAGCGUCCACAGUCCUCACCCUGCCAUCCAGCCCCUGCAGGCACCCCUGCAGGGGCCACUGACUGCCUCCAUGCUGGCUGCGGCAGCCCCCAGGAGCAGAAGCAGAAGCAGAUGCUGGGUGAACGUCUGUUCCCACUCAUCCAGACAAUGCACUCGAACCUGGCUGGGAAGAUAA